GGAAGACAAAACGCACGCACCCAAUCCGCUCUGCCCUGGAAGCUGUUUACACUUCCACACAUGCUGCAGGCUUGAGCUCAACAUGUACUUUAUGUGCCUUAACGUUUACGUUAUCUGUCUUUUGACUGAUUUAUUUUCAUAUUUCCAAUAGCUGACACUUCAACUAAUGGCUGACGUCGUGAAUCCAGAAAAUGAAGGAGAUCUCCAGGCUCAGAUUGAAGAGGUUGAGGCUCUGUCCUCCAUCUAUGGGGAGGAAUGGUGUGUUAUAGAUGAAGCAUCCAGAAUAUUUUGCAUCAAAAUAUCCGAUGACUUAGAGGAGCCAAAACUGACAGCAUGUUUGCAGAUCAUUCUCCCGCAUGAUUAUCCGAGCGCCGCCCCACCUAUCUACCAGAUCAACGCAGCGUGGUUGCGAGGCGCCGAGAGGACCAAAUUGGCAAACAGCCUGGAAGACCUCUAUGUGGAGCAUGUUGGGGAGAGCAUCCUCUACCUGUGGGUAGAAAAAGUUCGGGAAUUCCUCGUGGAUAAAUCCCAGAGCUCAGAAACAGUGGAUCAGCCAGAGAAGGUGAACAUGACGGCUGAGGAGGAAGUAGAUGAUCCUGAAGACAUAGCAGACGUCAAGACUCUCCAGCUGAACACAGAACCUGCACAUCUGUUCAUGGAUCAUGCAAAUGAUGAAGAGUUACCUCCUAUAAAACAUGGAAAUGCCAUCACAGACCGACGCAGUACCUUCCAGCCUCACCUAGCACCUGUGGUGACUCCCAGACAGGUUAAAAUGGUCUUGGGGAAGCUGUAUGAGAACAAGAAGAUUGCUAGUGCCACUCAUAAUAUUUAUGCAUACAGGAUUUACUGCGAGGACAAGCACAGCUUCCUGCAGGACUGCGAAGACGACGGCGAGACGGCCGCGGGGGGGAGAUUGCUCCAUUUACUGCAGAUUCUGGACGUGAGUAAUGUCAUGGUGGUCGUGUCUCGGUGGUAUGGAGGUAUUUUGUUGGGUCCUGACCGUUUCAAACACAUCAACAACUGUGCUCGCAACAUCCUGGUAGAGCAAGGAUAUACUGCCGCCAUGGAUGAGGCCACCAAAUCUGGAGCGAAGACCAAAAGGCCAAAAAGCAAGAAGACAAAAUGAAUUUCAGAAGAAGGAUAAAAGACUUAUUCAAACACAUUUUUACCGUCUUGUGAAAAGGUUGGUUUUAGCCAACUCACGUCUUAAUAGAGACAAAGAGGGAUUUAUUGCAAUUACAAAUAAUGUAUUCAAAAAAUGUCUUUUAGCCAUUUUGAGUUGUUCAAAAUUGUUGUUUCAGCUAAUCGCUUUAACUCUGAACUUUAUAUUGACUAAGAAGCCGUAAAAUGAAAUGUUUACAGUACAACAUUAAAAUAAUCAAACCAUGACAUUUGUAUAUCCAUCAGUCGCACACUAGGAUUGUCGAUCCACUGUAUUAGAAAACCACAUAAUCAUUACACGCUUAAAUGAAAGGUUUUGUUCACUGUUUUCAACAGCAAUGCUCCAUUAUGUCUCGAUUAUAAUAUGUGAAUACUUGUCCUUGUAAGUGCUAAUUCAGCUUUCAGCCGAAUCGGCAUGUGAAUGAAAUUCAUACACAAUUCCUUCAGCGCUUCCAAGGAAUAUGAUCAGACAUCACUGCUUAACAAAAUGAAGUCCAUGAACUCUACACUCUAACACUCUCACACUCACUCACAUAAUUCACAUAUCCGUUUUCUCCAAUGCAUUUGACAUCCACUUGAAGCCUACUAAAUAUUCAACUUUUCGUGGGGGGAUUUUGCCUCACCUCUCCGUUUUGGUUUUCCUCAAUCCCCGGUAAGACACGGUCUGCAUAUUAACCACUCCAGGGUUGGCUUUAGGCAGCAGAGGACUGUUUUCUAAAAAUAACCAGGGCUCAUCAGCACAGUUGGCAGUUUGGUUGUCGCCAGCACAACCCGAUUGUGAUGUUAAAAAAGUAGUUAUUUUAUCUUUGUUCAGUUAUCUUGAAGGAAUAAAACUAAUACCUGGAUCACAUGACGACAUUUCAUUUGAAUGAGAACGCAAGUAACAUACAACAGGCUGAAAAUUUCCUCCGUGUCUGUGUACAAAGCUGCCUGCUCAUUUCAGCUAUUGAGAAUAAUUACUGCUAAUUCACUUAACAGAGUCGUUUCAACCCGACAAGCUGUCAUCACAUCACGCUGAACCCAUUAUCUUAACCACUAAUUAUAUUUUUUAGGAGACUUGUGAAGAACUCAUGGAGCUACAUUCAUACUCGAAGGGCUGAAGAGAAUAAUUAGCGUUCGUAAGCAAUUUCAAAUUUCAUCCACACAGAAGAAUAUGGGAGAGCUUACUGUAGGCGUAGCCUGGUUCAAGUAAAUCAAAGACUGUAAAUAUCUUUUAAAGCAUACAAGUAUGGAUCCCUAAAGUGGUAAUUAUAAUAAUAAUAAAACAUUGAUACUUUUAAUAUAGUCUCUUUUUACAACGUCACGUUCAAGACAGUGGUUUUGUCACGACCCUCCCCUUUCAGCCAAUCACGUAGGCUACGAGAAGCGUCCAGAAAGUUCAACUGCUUCAAUAUUUAGCCAGUUAGCUCCUGUUAAUUUGAGUAAAACAAUGCCGAAGUAGUUCUGAAUCAACCAGCUACAACUGCUGCUGUAAAUAAACAGUAGCCUACACAGAAUCUAAAAUUCAAGCAGCUCUCCUUUUAUUUAGCUUAACAAGGCUGCACAUGCAGCCUACUGGGUAACUGGUUAGCCAGUGUUAACAGCAGCAGCUAACUGUCCGAGUUACUUCUUUACACGCAGAUCUGUUUUGCUGUUAGCCACAGAAUAAUGAGAUAGGUACAUUACAUAGCAGUAAGUUAUUAUUUAGCGUAAGACAUCACAUGUUCAGGGCAUGAUCCCUGAUGUCAGUU